AUGUUAGGGAAAACCUAUAUCAGCCCUACAAGCCUGUUCCGCAGGGAAAACCUAUAUCAUCCCUACAAGCCUGUUUCGCAGGGAAACCUGCGGAACAGGCUUGUUAGCGGACCAUCUCUUCAUCCUCAUCAUAGUCCUCCUCCAUCGUCAUCCUCCGCUGCUCCUCCCAAGGUUGACCCUGCAGUGUCUAUGCAGUGCGGCUCCUCAGUCGGACAUUUUUCAUCGCCUUACUGGACCAGGACAGUGUUGUUCCCAGACUGGGCCUACAAGCCAUCCUGGUCUCCGGGCUCCAGGCAGGUCCAGCUGUGGCACUUCCUGUUAGAGCUGCUGCGCCGCGGCGAGGGCGGAGCCAUCGGUUGGGGCAGCGAGUGGGGCGAGUUCGUCAUCCGCGACCCCGAGAGACUGGCCAGGCUGUGGGGGGAGAGGAAGGGCAAACCCCACAUGAACUACGACAAGCUGAGUCGCGCCCUCAGAUAUUACUACAACAAGCGCAUCCUGCACAAGACCAAAGGCAAGAGGUUCACGUACAAGUUCAACUUCACCAAACUCAUCCUGGUCAACUACGCGGCUCACCUGCCUCCACCUUGUCAUCAGCUGCUCCACAGCAACCAGUGUGGUCUUCCUCUGGGUGGGACCACAGCAUCAGCCAUGGACAGAGCGGUCCAGGACCGGCCUCACCCCCUCUUCCUCCCGUGCUGCCUCCCCAACCCCAUUCCAUCGCCGCAGCUUCUCCACGCCCCCUCACCCUUCAACUUAGGAGGAGCCUGCAGGCCCCCCGGCUUGCACCCUAUGGCCUCCUUGGCCCUCCACGCCAACGCCAAAGGUCACGUGGUGGAGUGGGACGCGGACCGACUCACUUGGAGGCUGCUUGGCGGAAGACAGCAAGGCGAGGAGGAAAGGCUAUGAAGGACAGAUAAGAAGGAGGAUAUCACUGCAACGGAAGGGAUGGAAAAUACUUUUAUUUUUUGUAGAUUGCUGGAAUAGUUUGAUGUUCUGUGGUUGAAUUUAGGCAGAUGUUUUAUUUAUGUGCACUACCGUUCAAAAGUUUGGGGUCACCCAAGCAAUUUUGUGGAAUAGCCUUCAUUUCUAAGAACAAGAAUAGACUGUCGAGUUUCAGAUGAAAGUUCUCUUUUUCCGGCCAUUUUGAGCGUUUAAUUGACCCCACAAAUGUGAUGCUCCAGAAACUCAACCUGCUCAAA